AUGAGUUUUCCAGUAUUCAGGGCACGAUCCGCAGUUACAUUACCACGUGCGCGUUCCGUUGAAAAGGGUGAAGUAGCCACGCUUACCAGAGUUGCAACAGUGCCGAAUUUAGAUACCAUCCAUGUUGGUGAACGGUAUCGUCCAUCUACAUUAUUCAAAUAUCGACGAGAUUAUGAUUUGUUGGACGAUUAUUAUCACGACCGCAUGUUCUUUGAUACUCCAUUGCACUGGCAAGACUACAGAUUUGCAGCGCGCCGAUAUAUCAACACUGAUCCGACUUCAAGAAGUCUUGGUUUUGAAUAUCCUGCUUUUUGGUCACGCUAUAAGUGGUACACAGAUUGGCUAAAUCCAACAUAUUGGCGUCGCUAUCGCGAUCCGAAUUAUGAUCGACCAUUGUGGAAUAAUUGGCAACCAUGGCAUUUGGAUAGAAAUAAUGUAAAACGAGCAAUACGUAUGUACAAAGAAGGUCUGAUUGAUUUUGGAACAUUGGAUCGAUUUUGGAUCGUACCCUCAGCGCUUUCCAGAAAAGGAAAAGAUUGGACUGAUGUGUACUUACCAGCUGGACGUUAUGGUGCUCGACGCUAUUUCUACUCAUUCGCAUAA